UUUCUAUAACCUAGUUUCCUUUCCUGCUUGAGCUCCAGACCACAUUUCACCUGACCACUAAGAAACCUACCCUGUUCUAUCGCUCUCUCAAUCUGUGACAGAGACCUCACCGCUCUGUCGGUACAUAUCUCUAUCCAUCCAGUCAUGAAUCUGUCAAAGCCGUUCAUUCCCUUUCAAGGACUUUGAAACAGAGACAGUCAGAGAAAGAGAUUGUGAAAGACUACUCUGUUUUUUUUUGGAUCUCCUGAUCUGACUGACUGAAUGAAUGACAGACUGAUUGACUGUCUGACAGACUCUUACUGAACUGUUACGGCGGCAUGAAGCUGUUCAGACAAGGGAAAUACAUCUGGGAGUUGUGUAUUGGAGAGGAGUGAACGGAACAACGAGGCAAAGAUGGCUCUGAACAUUCCGGGCCUGGUCAUCAUGGCGGUGUUCUACGUGUUGAUCCUGGGCACGGGGAUCUGGGCAUCGAUGCGUUCCAAGAAGAAGGAGAAUAGGUGCCGCGGCUCGGACGGGAUGGAGAUCACGUUGCUGGCCGGACGCAACAUCAACCUCCUGGUUGGCAUCUUCACUCUGACUGCUACGUGGGUCGGAGGGGGCUUCAUCCUGGGUAUAGCGGAGGCGGUAUACAACCCCACCCUGGGCCUGGUCUGGGCGCUUAUGCCAGUUCCGUAUGUGCUCACCUUCUUCCUGGGUGGAUUUUUCUUCGCCAAACCAAUGAGGGAAAACAAGUAUGUGACAAUGAUGGACCCGUUCCAGAUAAAGUACGGCAACGUCUUGAGCAGCCUUCUCAUCCUGCCCGCGCUGGUCGCCGACGUCCUCUGGGUUGCUAGGACACUGGUCAGCCUAGGGGGCACUAUGAGCGUGAUCCUGGACCUGCCCUACGGCUAUUCCAUCUGCAUCAGCUCUGUGGUGGCCAUCGUGUACACGCUGCUUGGAGGACUCUACUCCGUAGCCUACACCGACGUCAUUCAGCUCAUCCUCAUCUUUGUCAGCCUUUGGGUUUGUGUUCCGUUCAUGAUGACCAACCCGUAUUCGAUGGACAUCAGUCAGACAGCCUUCAACGAGACGUUCCAGGCCCCCUGGGUGGGCAAGCUGGAGGCCAGAGACGCAGGGAAAUGGAUCGAUGAUUUCAUGGUCCUGGCGCUCGGGGGUCUGGCCUACCAGGCAUUCUACCAGAGGAUCCUGUCAGCAUCGUCCUACACCCAGGCUCAGGUGACCUGUUUCGCCUCUUCGGCCUUCUGCCUGGUCCUGGGAAUCCCCUCUGUACUGAUCGGGGCAGUUGCAGCCUCCACAGACUGGAACAUGACCAGCUACGGUUCUCCUUCUCCAUACGAACGCGGUGAGGCCGGUUCCAUCCUCCCCCUCUCCCUGCAGUACCUCACACCCACCUACGUCUCUGUCAUCGGCAUCGGUGCAGUAGCCGCUGCCGUUAUGUCCUCCAUGGACUCCGCCCUAUUAAGCACCGCCUCCUUGUUCUCCUCCAACAUCUACAAGAACAUCCUCAGGAAACAGGCCUCUGACGUGGAGAUGCAGUGGGUGAUCCGUAUCUCGGUGGUGGUUUGUGGCCUGGCGGGGACGAGCCUGACCUUCCUAGACAACAGUGUUCUGGUCUUCUGGCUGGUGGGUGUGGACAUGUCCUACACCAUCAUGUUCCCACAGCUCGUCUGCAUUCUCUUUUUCAAGGUUUCCAAUGGCUACGGUGCCAGCCUGGGGUUCGUCAUGGGGGUGGUCCUCCGCGUCCUGAGUGGGGAGCCCCUCAUUAACCUUCCCCCCGUCAUCCACUUCCCCGGGUUCAGGAUGGACGCGGAGGGCGUGAUGACCCAGUUCUUCCCCUUCCGCACCACCAUCAUGCUCGCCAGCCUCUGCUCCAUCCUCAUCACCUCCCAUGUCGCCGCCGUCAUCUUCAACAAGGGCCUGCUGUCGGAGGACUUGGACGUGUUCCAGAUAAAGAGCUCUCAGGCUAAAGUGACGGCGCUCACCGAGCUGAAGAAAGCGGAAAAUAAAAAUGACGAUCCGGAGGCCGAGGAGGCAGUGCCGAGCAACCAGCAUCGGAACACCAAACUGUGAGGGUCGGCGGUCAAACUGCGGCGCAACUCGGCUGCCGCCGGAAAACACAAUGGAAAUAAGAACAUCCGUUAUGAUGUCACUGGUUCACAAUACCAAAAAUGCUAGCCGAUUAGAGGUAGCCAUUCACGAUGGCCGUGCACUGCAAUUAAACACAGGAACGCCAGAUCCUUCAGCUCCUCCUCAUCAAGGCCUCACUGCCUCUGGACAGACUGAAGAAGUUGCCCGGCUGGCUUAUUUUUUUUUAAAUGUACAUUUACAUAUGGCAUUUUAAGUUGCAGUUUACUCGGAGUAGGUGUGUUGACCUUGUUUUGGUUGUUAACUGGGAUGCGUGAAUGGUGUUAGGUUUUCAUUGUCUCUACAGAGGUUUAUCAAGCAAACAAACAUAGACAGGGAAACAGAAUUGCACUGGUUCUUUUGCUGCAAAUAAGAGUACACAUUUAUUUCUUGAAAGGGAAAACCUAUUGCAAUAAUUAAGGACCCCUGAAACUAAUCAAAAGAUCCCAGAAACCUUAUAUUUUACAACUUGAUGCAAAACACUUUCUAUGUUGCAUCCUGAGCCAUGUACUCCAUUACCUAAGCUAGUUGAACAUAGAAACUGUUUUCUGUGAGUAAAUAUUUAAGCUUUGCUCAAAAGGUUGAUGGGCUUUAAUGACCAAAACACUGUUUUAGCAUAGACAACCAUGGAAUGCAUCUGCCAUUUUGUUGUAUUAAACGCAAUGGUAUUUUCUACUUUUUUGACUGAUCCAUUGAGGAUCCUGUUGAAAAUAAACCAGGUCACGGGGUGGACAUCAAUUCAGGUUGGACAUCCCACCCAGUUGACUAGGCUAAAAUGUUGGAUACCUCUAAUUAGCCUAACCAGCAGGGCACAAUGUUUUUAAGAGUUGCAGAUGUACAAAUGUGAGUCACAGAAUCAUUCCCAUCUCCAACUUGAGCUACUUCAAACCAGAAGUUGCCUGUUAGCACUUCAUGUCUCUCAGAAGGACGGUUUAUGAGUGUUUUCUCCAAACAAUUAAACUCCAACCUUGUGGGAGAUGUCUGAACAGAACAAUGAUCCUAGUGAUUUGAAGGUUGCGUAAGGCCGGAUGUCGUGCCACCAGGUCCAACAUUGUAAUUAUUUUUAAGUCUCAAUAGGGUUGCUGAACAUGGACUAAGAUGUUCAAAUAAAGCCCCUAGAGCCAACACUCAAAUUAGAAGUUGUUGCUUUCAGCCACACCAUGGAACCUAGAUGUUCAUUAUGCAUCCACUCCAUACAAACUGUUCUGGAACAGUUUACCCAAGUAAACACCAUAAUGUCAAAGAUAUUUCCAAUUGAGAGAACACUCAAGGUCAAUCUUCAAUGCAACACUAGAUUAACUGAAGAAAACACUGAUUCAUCUACAUGGCUUUUUUAUUAAGUUAAUGAAUUUCUCAGUGACAUAACCGCAGGAACAAAUCCCCAGCUUUCGGAAGCAUUCUCUCCCAGGGGUAGCAAAGUGACAGGCAUGGGAGAAUCUC